AUGAACUGGGUGCCGAAUUUCUGUAUUUAUCAGGCAUUACGAAUAACAGUGGUAUUAACAACUUGUCCCUUGGUGCUCUGUGGUGGAAGUAUUGGUGCCCUCACGCUAACUUAUCCGAGUCUAGGAAUAACAACAAUCAGUUCUGGCCUCCUUUCUUGCACUUUGACCAUUCUGGGCCUAAUUGGAACCCUCGGCUCCGCGAAAAAAUCCCGCUAUGCCGUCCUCGCUUACAGUAUCUCACUCCUUUUACUCUGCAUACUGGAGGUCGUUGCUGGCGGAUUCCUGUACACUAGAUACGAGCUCGUUACGAACUUCAUCGAGGCGGAUAUGAAGGAAAGCCAAAAAGACGAUCAAAUUCUCGCGAAACGGUUUUGGUCUAGCUUCAAAGUUCAAAACCAGUGCUGUCUGGAGGAAGAGUUCUAUAAGUCCUGUCAGCAGUCCUGUAUCGAUGUUCAAAAAGCCCUCUUCAAUUCAAUGCUCCCCAGUCUUGGCUCGACUGUUUUGAUCAUUUUCUUCUACCAGCUUUUCUCCGCAUGCGCCGCUCUCUGUUUCUUCCAUUUCUUCAUGCCUUCGAGUUACUACAAGGCGCAAGUGUCUAUGCGUAGAUAA